AUGCCCGUGAACACGAGACUGGCCUGGCGAGCAGCACGUCAAUACUCUACCAAUCCAAAUGACCCGAAUCGGCCGGACAACAAGCAGCCAUCGGAUUCUCAAAAAGAAGGUCAGCAACGGGGAGACGCCCAAGAAACUCCUGGGAAACAAGGCUUUUACGACAAGAGUAAUUCAGUGCCUUCAUCAGGUGGCGACAAGGGCUCAUCUCAACCAUCGGAAGCUCGAUCGAAUCUUCGUCCCGAUGAGCUGAAGGCGAUUGAUGAUUUAUUAGCUACUCUGAAGAAUGGUCUACCAGAAAAACAAGCGAGGGACCUUGAUCGGGCUUUUGAGGAGAUAAAGAAAGAUGGAAUACCAGUGGAGGUUAGGGAGGUUAUGGAUCAUGUUAAAAAGGGGGGUCAACUUGACCUUUCAACAGCUGCAAAGUUGAUUCGGGCCACUUCUCAAAUGUCCAGAAAAGCAGCUGAAAAGCAUGCAUCAACGUCAGAGCAACCAAGCUUUAAGAGUGAGGAGUCCCAGAAGGGACAGAACGAGAUGCCACCACCAGGUGGCAGACGUCAAGACUCUAAAAAGGAGGACAAGAAAGAGGGCCCUACCGUUUUCGACAUUAAAUUCGAUGCAGGGACCUUCAUCAUCUCCUCCUUUGUGGCUUAUCUCUUCUACCGGACUAUGGUUCCUGGAGAGAAUUCUAGGGAGAUCACUUGGCAGGAGUUCCGGACCACUUUCUUUGAUAAAGGACUCGUCGAACGGCUAACUGUUGUCAACCGAAACCGUGUUCGUGUCGAGCUCUACCGCGAGGCGGUCGCGCAGCUGUAUCCCGAGUCUCCUGCGAUACAUGGAAACUUUCAUUACUACUUUACCAUUGGCUCUGUAGAGGCCUUUGAAAGGAAGGUAGAAGAUGCUCAGAGAGAACUUGGAAUCCCAAGCCCUGAGCGCAUCCCUGUCGCCUACACUGAUGAGAUCUCUUGGGCUUCUACUCUUUUGUCUUUCGGUCCUACAUUAUUGCUCAUUGGCUCAGUAUUCUGGUUGUCACGGCGUGCAUCAGGUGGUGCCGGCGGCCAAAGCGGAAUUUUUGGCAUUGGAAAGAGUCGAGCCAAGAAGUUUAACCACGAGGCCGAUAUCAAGGUACGCUUCCGGGAUGUCGCAGGCAUGGAUGAAGCCAAACAAGAAAUCAUGGAGUUUGUCAGCUUCCUCAAAGAACCCGCUCAAUAUCAGAAGCUCGGUGCCAAAAUACCCCGCGGUGCGAUUCUCUCCGGUCCUCCUGGUACAGGAAAGACGCUGCUGGCCAAGGCAACCGCUGGUGAAUCUCAAGUGCCAUUCUUCAGCGUCAGCGGUUCGGAAUUCGUUGAGAUGUUUGUUGGUGUUGGUCCUUCGCGAGUCCGAGAUUUGUUUGCAAAUGCACGGAAGAACACGCCGUGUAUCAUAUUCAUCGAUGAAAUAGAUGCCAUCGGAAAGUCUCGAGCGAAGCAAAAUUUUGGCGGUGGAAAUGACGAAAGAGAGAGCACGCUCAAUCAGAUUUUGACUGAGAUGGACGGUUUCAACACGUCUGAGCAAGUAGUAGUGUUGGCUGGCACGAAUCGACCGGACGUUCUUGACAAGGCUCUGAUGCGACCGGGCCGUUUUGACAGACACAUUGCCAUUGACAGACCGACUAUGGAGGGCCGUAAACAGAUUUUCCAGGUGCAUCUCAAGAAGAUUGUCACUGGCGAAGACAUGGAUUACCUCUCGGGAAGGCUUGCUGCUCUCACACCUGGCUUCGCUGGGGCGGAUAUUGCUAAUUGUGUCAAUGAAGCCGCUUUGAUUGCUGCCAGGCACAAAGCCAACAGUGUCGAUAUGAUCCAUUUCGAGCAGGCAAUUGAACGUGUCAUUGGCGGUCUUGAAAAGAAGUCACUUGUCCUUAGUCCCGAAGAGAAGAGGACUGUUGCUUAUCACGAAGCUGGUCAUGCCAUCUGCGGUUGGUUCUUCCGUUACGCUGAUCCGCUACUCAAGGUUUCCAUCAUCCCUCGUGGUCAGGGUGCCUUGGGAUACGCACAGUAUCUUCCUUCGGGAGAGUCAUACCUCUUGAACGUCAAUCAGCUCAUGGAUCGUAUGGCCAUGACCCUUGCAGGUCGUGUAUCUGAAGAGCUUCAUUUUGACACGGUCACCAGCGGUGCCAGUGAUGAUUUCAACAAGGUCACUCGGAUGGCAUCUGCCAUGGUCACCAAAUGGGGUAUGUCAAACAAGAUUGGCUACUUGUAUUUCGAGGAGGAUGAGCAGAAGCUGCACAAGCCAUUCAGCGAGGAGACCGCCAGGAACAUUGAUAUCGAGGUCCGGAGGAUCGUUGACGAGGCUUACAAGCAGUGCCGUGAUCUGCUUACCGAGAAGAAGCACGAGGUUGGAUUGGUCGCAGAGGAGCUCUUGCGCAAAGAAGUCCUUUCUCGUGAUGACCUCGUUCGGAUAUUAGGAAAGCGGCCAUUCGAGGACAACAAGGAAUUCAGCAAAUACUUUAGUGGUGAGCAGCCUGAGGGUGGCAAAAGCGCUCCGCCCCCAUUCCCCACGGAGUCCACGGACAGCCCCCCUGAGAUGCCGAACCCGUUAUAA